UCCAACUCACACUUCCGCUUCUGCGUGGAAAAAAAAAAAAGUUGUGUCAAAUAAGCGAGAAGUUAAGGCUCAGCGCAAACUUUCGCACCGAAAAAAACGACCCAUUUAUGUCGAGUUCGUGUCUGCGGGGCGAAGAAGGGUCAGUUUCGUUGCCUUGAAGCGGAGCCAUGUCGACGGGGGCCCUGUACAACGACCAGGGCGGCGCGGAGGCUGCGGUGGAAGCGGGGCAGGAGACCACCCCGACCUCCUCCAGCACCGGGGCUGCCUUUGGGCUGUUCAGCACCGACUUCAAAAAAAACGAAGACCUGAAAGAGAUGCUGGAGAGCAACAAGGAGUCGCUCAAGCUGGAGGCCAUGAAGAGGGUCGUCGGGCUCAUCGCCAAAGGGAAAAACGCCUCCGAGCUGUUUCCUGCUGUUGUGAAGAAUGUGGCCAGCAAGAACAUUGAGCUGAAGAAGCUCGUCUACGUGUACCUGGUGAGGUACGCCGAGGAGCAGCAGGACUUGGCUCUGCUAUCCAUCAGCACCUUCCAACGGGCCCUGAAGGUAGCACCCCUUCCUCUGUUUUGGUUCCAUUCCGGGAAUCUUCAAAUGUGUGCUGAUGAAAAACCCUCCCCUCUGCGGCAGGAUCCAAACCAGCUGAUCCGGGCCAGCGCCCUGAGAGUCCUGUCCAGCAUCCGCGUCCCCAUCAUCGUCCCCAUAAUGAUGCUGGCCAUCAAAGAGGCCGCGGCCGACCUGUCCCCGUACGUCCGGAAGACGUCCGCACACGCAAUCCAGAAGCUCUACAGCUUGGAUCCGGAGCAGAAGGAGCAGCUGAUCGAAGUGAUCGAGAAACUCCUGAAAGACAAAAGCACGCUGGUGGCCGGCAGCGUUGUGAUGGCCUUCGAGGAGGUGUGCCCGGAUCGUAUCGACCUGAUCCACAAGAACUACAGGAAGCUGUGCAACCUGCUGGUGGACGUGGAGGAGUGGGGCCAGGUGGUCAUCAUCUCCAUGCUGACGCGCUACGCCAGGACUCAGUUCAGCAGUCCCUGGAAGGAGGACGGCGUGUUCGACGAGAACGAGAAGGCGUUCUACGACUCGGACUCGGAGGAGAAGAGGGGCCAGACAGAGGCGAAGCCCUACAUCAUGGACCCGGAUCACCGGCUGCUGCUGAGGAACACCAAACCUCUGCUGCAGAGCAGGAACACGGCUGUGGUGAUGUCUGUUGCUCAGCUCUACUGGCAUCUUGCCCCUAAACACGAAGUCAGCGUGGUCACCAAGUCCCUGGUCCGGCUGCUGAGAAGCCACAGAGAGGUGCAGUACGUCGUGCUGCAGAACAUUGCCACCAUGUCCAUCCAGAGGAAGGGGAUGUUCGAGCCGUACAUGAAGAGCUUUUAUGUGAGGUCCACAGAUGCCACGCACAUAAAAACGCUGAAGUUGGAGAUCCUGACUAAUCUAGCCAAUGAAGCCAACAUCUCCACCAUUCUGAGGGAGUUUCAGACCUAUGUGAAGAGUCAGGACAAGGCGUUUGCAGCCGCCACCAUUCAGGCCAUCGGCCGCUGCGCCACCAACAUCUCCGAGGUGACGGACACCUGCCUCAACGGUCUGGUGCUCCUGCUCUCCAACAGAGAUGAGACCGUUGUGGCCGAGAGCGUGGUGGUCAUCAAGAAGCUUCUCCAGACUCAGCCUACGCAGCACAGCGAGAUCAUCAGACACAUGGCCAAGCUCUUCGACAACAUCACGGUGCCGAUGGCGCGGGCCAGCAUCCUGUGGCUGAUGGGCGAGUACUGCGAGAGGGUGCCCAAGAUCGCGCCCGACGUGCUGCGCAAGAUGGCCAAGACCUUCACGGCAGAGGAGGACAUAGUCAAGCUGCAGACGGUCAACCUGGCAGCCAAACUCUACCUGACCAACUCCAAGCAGACCAAGCUGCUGACCCAGUACAUCCUGAACCUCGGCAAGUACGACCAGAACUACGACAUCCGAGACCGCACUCGCUUCAUAAGACAGCUGAUUGUGCCCAGCGAGAAAAGCGGCGCCCUCAACAAGUAUGCCCGGCGCAUCCUACUGGCCCCCAAACCGGCCCCGGUGCUGGAGUCUGCUUUCAAAGAUCGCGAUCGUUACCAGCUGGGCACGCUCUCUCACAGCCUCAACACCAAAGCUGCCGGCUACCAGGAGCUCUCAGACUGGCCGGCUGUGGCCCCUGACCAGUCUGUGAGGAACGUGGAGGUCAUCGAACCGGCCAAGCAAAGCAAGUCUGAGGACAAGUUCUACUCAGAUGAAGGAGAAGACAAAGACGAGGAGGGGUCGGACAGCAGCGGCAGUGAAGACAGCAGCAGCAGCAGCAGUGAAGGGUCGAGCAGUGAGAGCGAGGACGAAAGCAGCGACGGGUCAGAGAAGACCUCCAGCGAUUCCGGGAAGAAUUCCAGCGGCUCCGAAAAGAGCUCCAGCGAGUCCGAAGUGGAACGGAAGAAGAAGAAAAUGACCAAGAAGGCACCGCAGAGGAAGAGCAAACCGACUGCUACUGACAGCGACUCGGACGAAAACGGAAACGGACCCGUGGCCCAGUCCAGCAGCUCGUCAGCCGAGAGCUCCUCAGACUCCGACUCCGAGUCGGAGGAUGAGUCGGAUUCGGACUCCCCAACGCCGCAGAAGAAGACUGGAGCAAAGGCCAAACCUAAGGCGGCCGUGCAGUCCAAGAAUGAAGUCUCUUUGUUGGAUCUUGAUGACUUCUCUCCAGCACCCACCAACGCGCCGAAGCCUUCGGCCGUCUCUCCCAGCCUGCUGUCCGACCUGGAGGGCCUCUCUCUCUCCAACGUCUCCUCCGCCAUUCAGGUCAACGCCUCAUCCUUCGGGCCCGUCAAAACCUACGAGCUGCUUCACCACAUGACGGGAAAAGGCCUGUCGGCCAAAUACCACUUCCCCCGGCAGCCCUGUCUGUACCAGCCCAGCAUGGUGGCGGUGCAGGUGAUCCUGACCAACGGCUCCGACCAGAGCCUGGAGGAGAUCCAUAUCGGAGACCGGAGCCCAGCAGGGCUCAACAUCCACUGCUUCAACACCAUCGAGCGGCUGGAGCCGGGCGCCUCGGUGACGGUGUCCAUGGGUAUCGACUUCAGCGACUCCACGCAAGCAGCCAACUUCCAUUUGUGCACCAAAGAGGACCAGUUCAGCGUGUCGGUUCAGCCGGCUGUAGGCGAGCUGCUGAUGCCCAGUGCCAUGACCGAGCCGGACUUCUGCAGGGAGCAGGGAAAGCUCCUGGGCAUGAACGAAACCUCAGCAACCAUCACCAUGGCAACAGCCAACGCUUCCAGCCAGGCCGUCACCAAGCAGGUCCAGUCCGUAGCCAACGUGGGAGUGGUGCCCUGCAGCCAAAACGGCCUCCACAGGUUUGCCGGGCAGACGGUCAGCAGCGGGGCUCUGGUCCUGGUGUCUCUGGAGCUGAAGGAGUCCUCCUCCGCUCUGCUGACCAUCAACACAGAUAAGAGCAUCAUGGCGUCCAUGCUGCUGCGGGACCUCAAACAAGCCCUCGUCCAGCCCUAAACCCCCCCCCCCCCACAAAAACACAUACACUCUAGUCUCUUUAGUAUUUACAAAGGGGAACGACUCCGAACUGAAGAUUUCACAUAUUUCUGAAACGUUUUGGGACAGUUGACGGCAUUGAUCAAGCUGCUGACAGUGGAGAAAUUGUUUUCUAUUUCCCUUUUUUUUUUUUACAGUUUGUCUUUGUUAGUUUUUUUUUGUCCUGAAACGUUUGGUUAAAUAUGUGGAAGUCUUCAUGGAAAGCGUUGAACCCCUAAAACAGACUAAGUAGUCAUCACGGUAAAUUUCUCCAUGAAUGGAGCCCAAAUCAGAACCUGACAGAAGAAAAAACCCACACUCCUCUCUUCAUGCUGUUCGCUAAAAACGUAAAUUUGUGAGAAAAUUCCGACUCAUUCGGGGGAGCCAAUACAUCGUCGGUGCUUCGUUUGACUUAAUUGCCAAAUCUCAGUUAGGUUUACACGUCCUCCUUUAACUCUAAACCUCUGGAAGCUUUAGUGGUCUCAGAUAUUGUUGUAGUUCUGCCCUGCAGCCCUUAAAUGGGCCCCAGUCGUAUUAAAGUGCCUUCAUCAUGUCAGACGGAGCCCCUCGUUCAUUAGACUCAACCGUCUUUUUAUCUGUCCUCUGGAACAAUAAAAUGUGACUUUACC